AUGCGACGCAACCAGUGGCUGGCAAACUGUGAUCGUCAGGACCUCAAGGGCCACUCUGAAAAGAGCCUGUACACCAAAGUGAUGUGCCAGCUUCAUUUUCAUGACUCGCAGUUCAUGAAUGCACACACCUAUCAGCGCCUAAUCUGGAAUGCUGUUCCAACACUGUUCGGCAAAGAUGUUCGCAGGCUAGAAGACUUUGAGCCUAAAGAGGCAGCCGUGAGAGUGGACCACGCAUACACUGUUUCAUCGCCUGAAUUGCCACCAGCAUCAGUGGCAUUACCACCAGCACCUCUGGCACCAGCACCGCCAUUGGCUGACUCACUGCGUCACUAUGUAGCUCUCUGCGCUGAGCUUAAGAGCCAGCUGGCUGAGAAGGACCGGCAACUGAAGGCCCUGGAGAAAUGCAGCGAUGGCAUUGUGGACGGUGUGAUCCGUCAAGUUAAAAUUUUGCCACCUGAGAAGCAGCAGCAGCUCGUCAGUGCUCUCAGUCCGUUUGUGAAGCUGAACCAGGAUGAAGGCACAUCUAAAGAGCCCAAGGUCCGUGUGGAAGUCCUUUUGAUAAGCAGGAAACAUCCAGGCCACACCCUGCUUGGCUUGCGCACCAGAUGCUCAUGGGCAAGGGGUCUCUACAUGGUUCCUGGGGACUUCUUACACUUUGGUGAGUCUUGGGAGGCAGCAGCCGUACGUGCUGCAAAGGAGGAGACUGGCCUCGAUCUUGUCGAGCCACGUGUUUGCUCAGUGGUGGAGACAGUGCGAGCAUCCGAGGGAUACCACUGGAUCAACAUAUUCAUGGUGGGCAAGCUGGCCGAUCCAGAAUCCGAGCCGGCUGCACCUAACGAGGCUGUAUGUACAGGGUGGCACUGGUUUGCAUGGGAUGCAUUGCCUGGUGAAGAGCUGCUUUUCUGGAGCCUGCGUGACUUGCGUCGUGAGAAUGUGCUUGAUCUAACUGCCUUCCAAUAGCCAAUAGCCAAAAUGUAUAUAUAUGUAAAAGAAAGUGACCAGUGUAAAUAAUGUAAGUAAACUGUGAGUGUUGUAUAUAGGUCGUACAGUGCCAAGAAGUACAGCUUUCCUUUUUUUAUAUCGUCUUUUAAUCUUGUCUUACUUUAAGUUGUUUUAGAUUUCAUGAAACAAGGUGAUGUUUUUUUUUUAAAAUAUUAUUCAGCAGUGCUUUGAGAUCUAAGAAAUAAUCGUAGCAGAUACUCAGGCAGACAUUUCAGGCACUUGUGAAGCUUCUAGGCACGCAAGAUGCAUUCUUAUAAACAGUCUUCAUGCAUAUUGAUAGGUGGCAGUACACACUGUACUAAGCCAUGCACGCAACCCUCAUGAUUAACACUUUCGUGACCACGCCUAUUCCCAUCGAUCAAGAUCAAGUUUUGGCACUCUCUGAGCGGUUCUGGACAGCUAACGCAAUACAAAGCAUAAAAUAACAUGUUUUCUAUCAUUUUUGUUUGCGAGUUUGUUUUUUCCACCGCGGGGAGAUUUUUAAAGCUCGUUCGCAGUCGAGUAGGUGAGCGCUCGUUGUUUCGGACUUCGCGUCGACGCUGCUCGCAGGUGCUCCACAGAAACAGCGAAUUUUGACGGAUUCCGAUUAAUAUGAGCGGUAAUCUCUGGAUGAUGGUAGCACCACAGACACAGAAGACGACUUCGAUUCGCCAGGCUUCAGUACGGACGGCGAAAGUGCGUCAAACCUCCCCGGAACAUCAGCAGCUAUCCGCCGUAAGUUUCGUCUUCUCCUCGGGUCGUUUUAUCGCUGCCGCGCGUCGAUGUAAACGUAUCCGGUGUGUUCUAAAAAUAACAGCUAUUAUCUGCAAGGUGUUAACUUCGUUCGGGCGGGAGCAUUUAGCGCCAGCUGCAGAAAGAGCGCAGUUCUCUUCGCGAAGACGGCGUGGAGCACACUUUGACCCAACGCUCCGGUGUGCUUCGCGGCGUCCUCUUCGUGUUGUUUUUUACCGCAGAAGUCGUCAGAGAGAUAUGCAACCACACAGAUAAGUAUGCGUGGAUGCAUACUUUCGAAAAGUUCGCAUACAGUGAGAGGGACGGAUCUAUGGAGGGAGGUUACUGAAGAGAAGAUGAGCAAGUUCGUUUCACUCCAUGUGUACAUGGUAAUCGUUGAAGUCCAGCGCUUGCAUUGGUGUUGGUGUCGACGACACAUAUUUCCAGGCCUUCGUCCACCGUCAGUGAUGCAACGGAAAAGGUUCAAGGUUUUUGAGUGUCUCUGAUCUGAAGAAGACGACCGUCGCAUCCCAUGAGAAUCUUCACCCCGUGUCUUCUCUAUUGCAACACAUGAACGAUUUUUCUACGCUAUCUUUUAACCCCUUCGGAACCUUUCAGUGGAUGAGAAAAUGGUGAAAUGUGAAGGUCGGUAUGGUAUCCGGCAGUAUAUGAGCAAGAAAGAGGUCGAAUGAAGGUACAAUUAUGGAUUUUUGCAGAUUUGGAACAAACUACACUGUUCAUUUCAACAAAUACACAGGAAAAUUGAAAAAAUACCAGAACUGCAAACUGUGCUAGAAAAGUUGAACAGAAAUAAAAUUUUUUUUCCCAAAACAUGCGCAGCCAGCCUUUGUUUCACCGCGUCGAGAACCUGCAUCGCGCGGUGGCAUGAUGGGCACUAGUGCCUAUAUUCUUGUAUUUAUGUAAAUUAUCUGUGCACUUACAGAGCUUAUAUUUCCACUAUUAUUCUACGAGGGUUUUGCGUUCAAAAUGUAUAUUUCGAUUUUUUCAAAUGUUGAACCAUUGCAGAGUAGCAUUGAUGUUUUUAUGAAUCCCUCUUUCUUUCUGAUGUAUUUUUCUUUGUUUGAUAAUUUUUUUAUUGAAUUCGAAAUAAAUUCGUUGUUUGGAAUUAAUACUGUUGGAAAGACCAAUUUUUCCUCUAUCAUUUGAUACCCUACACGUUAGCAUCAGUUAUAUUCUGUGGCAGGAAAAAUAUACUUCCUGGACUAGCCAAAAACAACCGAUUUUUCCGCGGUCACGAAAGUGUUAACCUGCUCACUGGAUAAAUGCUAUGUCAUGUUGCCAUGUGACAGACAAUGCUGCCAUGUGACAAGCAAUGUGGUUUCUAUAACGUUCACGCUUCCAGUGUUUGAUGCUAAGCUGCAGGUGACGUAGUGAUGAGCACAACAAAGUUUGAUUUUGGAUGUCGCGCUACAUGCAACACUUCCUUGCUGUCAUCCAAGUCGUGGGCACACGACAAUAGCAUGGCGUUUCUUUGGUGACAUAUUGGCCGAACCCACUUCGAAUCACAUUUGCUGGCGUUGUUGUAGCUCCAGAUAUCACAAAUAUACCCAUACCAAACAUUGUUUGAAC